AGUUUUUCAAGCGCAGUUGGUUUGUCUUCCAUUAACUUCCCCUGUUUUCUCUGCCCCAGAACAAAUAGUUUAAGCAGUUUCCUCUGUUUUCCAUAUUCAAAUGGGUGGGAGUGGGAAUUCCCCAUGUGCUUCAUGCAAGCUGCUGAGACGCCGUUGCGCCCAAGAUUGCAUCUUUUCUCCUUAUUUCCCUUCUGAUGAUCCUCAAAAGUUCGCCAUAGUUCAUAAGGUUUUUGGUGCUAGCAAUGUUAGCAAAAUGCUGCAGGAACUUCCGUUUGAUCAGAGAGCAGAUGCAGUGAGCAGUCUAGUGUAUGAAGCACAUGCAAGAGUCCGGGACCCAGUGUAUGGUUGUGUUGGAGCCAUAUCCUACUUGCAAAACCAGGUCUCUGAGCUCCAAAUGCAGCUUGCAGUGGCUCAAGCAGAGAUCCUCUGCAUCCAGAUGCAGAACGAGCCUGUUAUGCCCAAUCCAGAACUGGACCUAGAUCAGAAAUCAUACCUUCUCCAAAAUGAUCUGCCUCAGUACCUUAAUUAUACCUCUUCAAGCAAUGUUAUUCAUCAUGAUUCUCUCUCAAGAGAGAGCAUAUUUGGACAUGACAUGGUUUCUUGAAUGAAAAUGUACUCACAUGCUUUGGCUUUGAUAAAUUCUUUUCCAUGAAUCUAUGAUGUGUGAAAAGUUCUCUCCACUUGUUUACUAUUUUUGAAGUUAAGUAAGAUAGAAGGAAUGUGAUUUUAGGGUCAACUCAAGCACAUGAUUAAGUGCCAUUGAAGUAAUUUAGAGUGUUCUGAAUCAGUGAUUUCCAUUAAACUAAUGACUAGGGUGCUUG